AUGGCCGUACCGGCUGCUUUGAUCCCCCCUAACCCUAUGGUCCAGCCGUCUCCGAUCUCAACUUCGUCAGCGACCACUUCUUCGCCUUCGGCAACUUCUUCACCGUCUCCAUCAGUUGCCCCCUCCGGACAGAGUCUGUUCCGAUCGGAACUGAUAACCACAAGCAGCCCCGGCAUCCCAACCGGCACGUUGCCUAGCAAGCCCGUGUACUCUACUCCGUCUCCAGUUGAAAAUACUCCCCAAAAUAAUGAGUGCAAAAUGGUUGAACUGAGAGGAGCUAAGGUGGCCUCUUUUACCGUGGACGGCUGUGAGCUCAUUUGCCUUCCUCAGGCAUUCGACCUGUUUUUGAAGCACCUGGUCGGUGGACUGCACACGGUGUACACCAAACUGAAGCGGCUGGAGAUCACGCCGGUUGUGUGCAAUGUGGAGCAGGUACGCAUCUUGCGCGGACUCGGGGCCAUCCAGCCAGGAGUGAACCGGUGCAAACUCAUCUCCAGAAAGGACUUCGAAACCCUUUACAAUGACUGUACAAAUGCGAGCUCAAGACCUGGGAGGCCUCCGAAGAGAACUCAGAGUGUUACGUCGCCGGAGAAUCCUCACAUCAUGCCGCACUCUGUCCCUGGCCUCAUGUCACCAGGAAUCAUUCCCCCCACAGGCCUCACAGCAGCAGCUGCUGCGGCUGCGGCUGCCACUAAUGCUGCCAUUGCUGAAGCCAUGAAGGUAAAGAAGAUCAAACUGGAGGUGAUGAGCAGCUACCACGGCAACAACAACCAGCACGGGGCAGACUCAGAGAAUGGAGACCUCAGCUCCAGUGUUGGCUUAGAACUCCCUUUCAUGAUGAUGCCCCACCCCCUGAUCCCUGUCAGCCUGCCUCCUGCAUCAGUCACCAUGGCAAUGAGUCAGAUGAACCACCUCAGUACCAUCGCCAAUAUGGCCGCCGCUGCACAGGGACAGAGUGCACCAUCCAGAAUGGUGACAUCAGUAAUCAAGGAGCGUGUACCUGACAGUCCUUCCCCGGCUCCCUCUCUGGAAGACGGCAGGCGACCAGCAAGCCGUCCCUCAUCACACCGCAGCAGCAGUGUCUCCAGUUCCCCUGCACACACUGAGAGCUCCUCCGACAGGAUACCUGUGCACCAGAAUGGGCUUUCAAUGAACCAGGCUCUCCCGGGGUUGUCAUCAAGUAUUCUACCUGGACCCAAAGAGGGGGACCUGGCCACUCAUGACUUGGGACAUGAAACCAAGAGGAUGCACAUCGAGAAAGAAGACACUCCCAUGUGCACACCCACAGCAAGAGACAGCUACGAAAGGUUGUCAUUGGCUGGGCAGGCUUUGCCCCCAGGAUUCCCCUCACCUUUCCUCUUCCCUGAUGGCUUAUCUUCAAUAGAGACCCUUCUGACCAAUAUUCAGGGCCUGUUGAAGGUGGCCAUUGAUAAUGCUCGUGCGCAGGAGAAGCAGGUGCAGCUGGAGAAGACAGAGUUGAAGAUGGAACUUUUCAGGGAGAGAGAGCUUAGAGAAACCCUGGAGAAGCAGCUGGCCGUGGAACAAAAAAAUAGAGCAAUAAUUCAGAAACGACUGAAGAAGGAGAAGAAGGCCAAGAGGAAAUUGCAAGAGGCGCUUGAAUACGAGGCAAAAAGGCGGGAGCAGGCAGAGCAGACCCUAAAACAGACCUCACCCACAGAAAGCCUAAGAUCCCUCAAUGACUCGUUGACCCAGGAGAUAGAGGCCGACCGCAGCAGUGUGAGAACAGAUGCUGAAAGGACAAUACAAGAUGGAAGACUGUUUUUGAAAACUACGGUGAUGUACUGAUAUGGUAUGGAGGGCCGAAGAAGUGUCUGUCAGUGGAAGAUUCUCAAGAGCCCUCCAGAGUUAAUUUAGUCGCAAAACAGGUCAAGCUGCUUGUGUGGGGCUCCAUGGAAGUGUCUGUGUUUGGUCAUAAACCGAAACCUGGGUUUGGUCAGACUUUUAUUCUCACCAAAAUCGACAUUACGUUGUGGCAGAGACAUAUCUGUAUGCCCUCAGUCGGCUCUAUCGAAAGCAACAAUUUGAGCACAGUAAAAUGUACCGAAAGGUGAUUAUAUUUACCACAAAAUUCACAGCACUGAAGAUUUUAUACUGUA